GAAGCGUUGCAUAUAAAUGCGGCAGCCGUUUUGAAUUCAGUUAUAAAGGAAAAGCGAUACGUACAAUGAAACAAUUGACUUUAAUAGUGCUUACUCUUUGCUUGACGGUGGCGUUAUGUAAUCCGGCACCUGGUAAGGGCUGCGAUGACGGAGGAGAUGGCAAGGGAGAUGGUAAAGGAGGUGGCAAGGGAGACGGCAAGGGAGACGGCAAGGGAGACUGCAAGGGGGACGGCAAGGAAGACGGCAAGGGAGAUGGCAAGGGAGACGGCAAGGGAGACGGCAAGGGAGACGGCAAGGGAGAUGGCAAGGGAAAUGGGGACGAAUGUGGCAAGGGAGAUGGGAAAGGAGACGGCAAAGGUGAUGGGAAAGGAGACGGCAAGGGAUCCGGUACUUCAGUCGAUGUCUUAAGCAAAUUGGUUAAUAUUGGUAAAGUCAAGGUAUAAAUGGCGGUAAAAUAUUUCAAGUACGCUUGAUCUUUUUAAUGUUUGGAAUACAUUGGAAUCCGUUCCGUGGUGCCAUUAUCCUAAAAGUAAUAUUAUAAUUUGAUAUUAGAGCAAACUAAAUAAAUAAAAAUAUUUUUUAUUCAAAUAAACGUAAUUAUAAGUUUUUUUUUUUUUUAAUAAUAUUUCUAUGAAAUUUUCUAUGAAUCUACACCAUUCAGUUUGAAGCGCAGUGUCAACUGACAAGAACGAGCAAGAAACUCAGCUGUCGUUAUUUCCAAUUAAAAGUUGAUUUUACAUAUUAUUAUAAUUAUAUUGAAUUAUAAAUACAUCUUAAAAGCAUUAAAAUAGAAAUAAUCA